AUGGCCAAUGCUGCUGGAAGAAGGAGACGAGCAGGCUCUCUGCGGACUCAGAUGUUCAAUAAACACCUUUACAAUAAGUUCACUCGAAGCCAGGAACAGCAUAUAGAACUGAGAGAGAUCUCGGAGGGCAGUGGGAACAUCGAUGAGGCUAAUGAGACGACAUCAAUCGAAGAACUUGAGCUCGAAGAAGAAUAUAAUGAGGAAGAUGAAAUUGGGACACCUUCGUUGUGGAACAGAUUCCUUGACAUUGUCCUGAAUAGGACGCGAACUCUAAGGUCGAAGGAUGGACGACAUAUACCGAUAACAUUGGACCACACCACAGUCGAGUAUUUAACAUACUCAUGCCCGAACAAUGAUCUCCUCAUGGAUGAAAGGUUGGAUAAACCAUACUGUGACAACCAGAUCACUUCAUCGCGAUAUACUGUCUUUUCAUUCUUUCCCAGGCAACUGUAUGCCCAAUUUUCCAGAUUAGCAAACUCAUAUUUCUUCCUGGUUGCAAUUUUGCAGAUGAUUCCAGGCUGGUCUACGACAGGUACGUAUACUACUAUUAUUCCCUUGUGUGUGUUUAUGGGAAUUUCAAUGGCUCGAGAAGCCUGGGACGAUUUCAAGAGACAUAGGUUGGAUAAAGAAGAAAAUGAAAAGUUGGUUAGCGUACUGACCAAGACACCAUUGAACAAUGACGCACUAAAAGAGGAUGAUUUUUCAUUGAACCCUCAAAUUACGGGCCUUGGGAGUGUGCCAGAUGAGAUAGACUCAGCAGCGCGCAGUACGACUUCCCAGGGUCCGCUUUACACACAAUUCAACAAUUUUCAACUCUUAGCCGAUAGGCACAGGGUGAGUAUAGAAAAGAGACAAUGGAAGAACAUAAGAGUCGGUGAUUUUGUUCUAUUGAAACAGGACGACUGGGUCCCAGCAGAUCUUCUUCUUUUGGCAAGUGACGGAAGCAAUAGUGAAUGUUUUGUCGAGACUAUGGCACUUGACGGUGAAACGAAUCUAAAGAGCCGGCAACCGCAUCUUGAAUUAAGCAAGUUAACAUGCGCUGCUUCGGGAUUAGCUAAUAUCAAUGCCAGAGUUACAAUUGAGGAUCCUAACAUAGACCUCUACAAUUUUGAAGGAAACUUGGAGCUUCAUGGCCAUCAGAACGACUCUUUCAUAAAGUUUCCAUUGAGUACCGACAAUGUUAUAUAUCGUGGCAGUAUUCUACGAAAUACACAUAAUGCGGUGGGAAUGGUUAUUUUCACGGGUGAAGAAACUAAGAUCAGGAUGAAUGCAUUAAAGAACCCUAGGAUCAAAGCUCCUAAAUUGCAAAGGAAGAUCAACAUGAUCGUCGCUUUCAUGGUUUUCGUCGUCGCUACAGUAUCUCUAUUUUCGUACUUAGGACAUGUCCUUGACAACAAAAAAUUCUUGAACGAUGGUCAAGCAUGGUACCUAAUGAAUCAGGAUGCUGGUGUGGCUGCCACAAUUAUGUCCUUCAUUAUCAUGUACAACACAAUGAUUCCACUGUCAUUGUACGUGACAAUGGAAAUAAUCAAGGUAAUUCAAAGCAAAUUGAUGGAGUGGGAUAUUGAUAUGUACCACGCUGAAACAAAUACGCCAUGUGAGUCUCGUACGGCCACAAUUUUAGAAGAGCUGGGACAGGUCUCAUACAUCUUCGGCGACAAGACAGGUACACUAACCGAUAACAAGAUGAUAUUCCGAAAAUUCUCCUUCUGUGGCUCUUCCUGGGUCCAUAACGUAAGUUCCGAGGAUAACCUACUGAAUAAGCAACAGUCAAACAUCAGUGAAACGAAUUUAGACGUUGUCUCAUAUGACGGAGGUGAGCUUCUCGAUAAUUUGCGGCAUGAAGAGGUUCAGGCUGGGCCUUCCUCUGUGAAUGUUGGUAAUUCAGCGCGGAGAUCAGUGGACUAUAAAGGUAACUCGGCUGCAACCUACACUGGGAGACCAAGUAUGAGAUCGUUGCGCGGAGAAAGAAGCUUUAGCUCGGAGGCAUCAUCGACAGCUCGAAAAAGAGGCGGCCCUCCGGCUUUGAAAAGUUCAUUCGAUCUAAUCAAAUACAUCCAGAAGCACCCGGAUGAACUAUUCUCUCAGAAGGCCAAGUUUUUCAUCUUAUCCCUAGCACUGUGCCACAGCUGCUUAGCUAAAAAAAGUGACGGGUCUACCCAAGAAGAUGACGCCGUGGAGUAUCAAUCAUCAUCACCUGACGAGUUGGCAUUAGUAACUGCAGCGAGAGACCUUGGAUAUAUUGUUCUAGGUAGAAAUGCUAAAUUCCUUACCAUAAAGAGUUAUCCAAAUGGUUUUGACGCCGAGCCCCAAACAGAUGAUUACGAAAUUCUAAACUAUAUCGACUUCAAUUCUCAACGAAAAAGAAUGUCAGUAUUAGUCCGAAUGGCUGAUCAUCCGGAUAAAGUUUUGCUUAUAUGCAAAGGUGCAGACAGCAUCAUUUUGGAGCGACUAAGAAACCGUGAUUUUGCAUACCAAAAGUUGGAUGAAAUUAACACGAAUACAAAAGAGCGUAAGGACGCCGAAGCAGAGCUUAUUAUCCAAAAAAGGCUUUCCUUAGAAAGAAUGGCAGCGACUGACGAUGUGAUCAGUAAUCGGCUCAGACCUUCUGUCUCCAGCAACCCUAGAGAAAGCUUGUCUCUAAAAGCUGUAAGAAAGAGUAUGUCUAAAAAGGGGAAUAAUCAUCAAGAUCCUGAAAUGCAAAUCGAGUCGAUUGACCAAUUUUUAGACAACAUAAAGCGUACGGAUGAUGAGAUAGAAGAUGUAAUCGCACAUAGCCGACAGUCACUUCACAAGCAGCAGCUUGAGAAGUACAGUUCGAGAGUGUCCACUGACAACGGCUACAGGAAAGCUGAGAUCGAUUUUCUUCGCACUUCACCCACUCAAACCCACUUCUCUUCUCCAGACAAGACUGACAUGGAUCAGUACAUAGGAAGUGACGAACUCAUUCAGAGCGAGGAAUAUGUAUUAGAGAGAACAUUGCAAGCCAUUGACGAGUUUUCGACUGAGGGCUUAAGAACCUUGCUCUACGCCUACAAGUGGAUUGACUCGUCUGAAUACGCAGGAUGGGAAGAGCGUUAUCAUUUGGCUAAAACUUCCUUAACGGAUCGGAAAGCCAAGAUAGAUAGGAUUGGUGCAGAGAUUGAGGAUGACUUAUCAUUGCUAGGUACAACUGCUAUUGAAGAUAAACUUCAAGAAGGAGUAGGCGAAUCAAUCGAGAAAAUCAGACGUGCGGGUAUCAAGAUGUGGAUGCUGACUGGUGACAAAAGAGAGACCGCAAUAAACAUCGGCUAUUCUUGUAAGCUAAUAUAUGAUUAUUCUACCGUGGUGGUUUUUUCGACUAAUGAGGAAAACAUGAUUGCAAAGAUGAAUGCCGUGACUCAAGAGAUAGACUCCGGUAACGUGGCACAUUGUGUUCUUGUUAUCGAUGGGGCCACCGUAGCUCUUUUUGAAAGCAAUCCCAAUUUGAUGUCGGUCUUUAUUGAACUCUGUACUAAAACCGAUUCAGUAAUAUGUUGCCGUGCGUCACCAUCUCAAAAGGCAUUAAUGGUUAGCAACAUCAGAAACACAGACAAAAGCCUUGUCACGUUGGCGAUUGGUGACGGUGCAAAUGACAUUGCAAUGAUCCAAUCUGCUGAUAUCGGUGUUGGAAUUGCAGGUAAGGAAGGUUUGCAAGCAUCAAGAUCGUCCGAUUAUUCUAUCGGUCAGUUCAGGUUUUUAAUCAAACUUCUAUUCGUUCACGGUCGUUACAAUUACAUCCGCACUUCCAAGUUCGUCUUGUGUACGUUUUACAAAGAAGUGAGCUUUUACUUGACGCAGCUCAUCUAUCAAAGGUACACCAUGUUUUCAGGCACAUCACUGUAUGAGUCCUGGUCGUUGUCGAUGUUUAACACUCUGUUUACCUCACUUCCCGUCCUUUGCAUUGGUAUGUUUGAAAAGGAUUUGAAGCCUGCUACGCUUUUGACAGUUCCCGAACUUUACUCCACUGGUCGUACAUAUCAAAGCUUCAACUUUAUUGUAUUUUUUCAAUGGAUCAUCAUGGGGGCUUGUAACGCAGUGAUAGUAACGUUUCUGAAUGUGACAAUCUGGGGGGAGACUGCGCUAACAGAUAACACCCUUUACCCAUUGGGUAUAAUCAACUACACAGCCUUAACGUUUCUGAUCAACAUAAAGUGUCAAUUUGUGGAGACUCAUAAUCGUAACUGGCUGGCAUUCGCGUCCGUGGCAAUAUCCUGUCUAGGAUGGCUUCUUUGGUGCUGUCUUCUACCACGCGUAAGAAAAAACGACCCGAUCUAUGAUGUGGAGGAUGGCCUGUAUCAGUAUUUUGGUGAUGACAUUACCUUUUACUGCUCGAUUCUUGUCUUGACCGUUUUACCAGUAAUGAUUGAUAUCAUUUACAAGACCGUCAAAGUAAUGAUCUGGCCUACUGACACAGAUAUCUUUGCACAACUGGAGAAGAAGAGUGGGAUCCGGAAGAAGCUGGAAUUUGGUGCUUAUAAUGAAAUGAAGCAAGGUUGGACAUGGGAAAGAGAUCCUGGAACAUUUCAGGCGUACAAGGACAGAGUAUUCCCAAGAUCCAGAGCUAGUUCACGAGCCAGUAGUAAGAACGAAGGCACCUCAGGUGGUAGAUCACCAUCUAACACGUUAUCUGCGAGUGACAGCGAUGGCACGAACACGGGUCAAAAUGAAGCUGAGAACCUAAGCUAUGACUAUGACAAGUAUGAGAUGCUACCGUCCGGUAAGCUAAUCAAACGGAAAGAUCUAGAGCCACGGCCUUCGCAAGAAAGUUCGACUAAAAUUGCAACGCUCAUUCCAAAAAGGCUGAGAUUUAGCCUAAGAAGCGACAGUGAAGAUGACGCCGACGUAAGGGCAAUUAUAGAGCAAAGAAUGCAAGAUUUGGAAUGA